CCAUUACUAAGUCCAGUACUAAGUCGUCGCGCACUUGGUAGAUUACGUGUUGUGCAAGUGCAGCAAGUUUUUAGUUUUGUUUAGUUGGGUUUCAACAGCUAACAAUUACUAAUUACUUGUAAUUGUUUUUUUUUUGUUCGACGAGCUUUACAUUUGAGAGCUUAACACACUUUGAACCGGUCCAGUUUGAGAUCGCACUCGGAGAACACAGCACAAGAUGGUAUCCGCCAGCGAGAGCCAACUCCGUUACGAUGGCCGGGUUGUGGUCGUAACAGGUGCCGGAGCCGGGUUGGGUCGCGAGUACGCGCUGCUGUUCGGUUCGCGAGGGGCAAAGGUCGUGGUGAAUGACCUGGGCGGAAACUUCCACGGCCAGGGCAAGUCAAAUGCUGCGGACAAGGUGGUCGAAGAAAUUCGGGAACGGGGCGGAACCGCCGUGGCCGAUUACAACUCGGUGGUGGACGGUGACAAAAUCAUCCAGACGGCCAUGGAAGCGUUUGGACGCGUCGAUGUGCUGGUCAACAAUGCGGGAAUUCUGCGGGACAAGAGCAUUGCUCGGAUUUCGGACGAGGACUGGAACCUGAUUCACGACGUUCACCUGAAGGGAAGCUUCGUGACGACACGUGCCGCGUGGCCAAUUAUGAAGAAGCAGAACUACGGGCGCAUCAUUAUGACUUCGAGUAAUUCGGGUGUUUAUGGCAACUUUGGCCAGGCCAAUUACAGUGCGGCCAAGCUGGGUCUGGUGGGGCUGGCCAAUACGGUGGCGAUUGAGGGUGCGAAGAACGACAUUCACUGCAAUGUGAUUGUGCCGACUGCGGCUUCCAGGAUGACGGAGGGAAUCCUGCCGGAGAUUCUGUUCAACGAACUGAAACCCAAGCUGAUCGCCCCCGUGGUAGCCUUCCUGUGUCACGAGUCCUGUGAGGAUACCGGUGCCAUCAUCGAAAGUGCCGCCGGCUGGGCCACCAAGGUGCACUUUGUCCGCGGAAAGGGCAGCGUGUUGCGCACUUCGCUGGACGAAAGCGUAACGCCCGAGUACGUGAAGGGCGUCUGGUCCAAGGUGACUGACAUGAGUGAGGCCAAGCAUUUGAACGCCAUCGGAGAAGCGAGCCUAACCCUGGUGGAUGUGCUGGAGAAGCUGCGUGAGGGCGUUCCGGCCGGAAAUUCCGUCACCGAAACGUACAAAUUUAACUACAAGGACGUCAUUCUGUACGCACUUGGAGUUGGCGCCACCGUUACGGACGAGAACGAUUUACGGUUCUUGUACGAGAAUCACUCGGACUUUUCAACGCUGCCCACGUUCUUCAUCCUGCCCGGAUUACUUUCGGUGAUGGGUUCGAAUCUAACGGCGUCGGCCAUCACGCACGCUAGUUUCGAUUUGACCAACAUCCUUCACGGCGAGCAGUACAUCGAACUCUUCGACAACGUGCCAACAGAGGGCGUCCUAACAACCACCUCAACGGUCAUCGACGUUCUAGACAAGAAAUCCGGAGCCCUUGUUAUCACCCAGUCCGAUUCGUACGACGAAAACGGAACGCUCGUAGCACGUGGCCAGAGCAGCACCUUCAUCGUGGGCGUUGGCAACUUCAACGGCAAGUCCAAGGCAAGUGACGCGGUCAAACCGCUGGUCCCGAACCCGAAACGUGCACCAGACGCCUCCGUCCAAGUCAAAACCACCAAGGACCAGGCCGCCCUCUACAGACUGUCCGGCGAUCUCAACCCGAUGCACAUCGAUCCCAGCUUUUCGGCCAUCGCCGGCUACAAAACCCCCAUCCUGCACGGACUCUGCACCAUGGGCGUUUCGGUCAAGGCCGUCCUCAAGCAGUUUGGCGGAGACGAUUCCGCGCUGUUCAAGGCGGCCAAGGUGCGCUUCUCGAAGCCGGUUCUGCCCGGACAAACGCUCCGCGUGGACAUGUGGCGCGAAGCGAACAACCGGGUGUGCUUCCGCACGGUAGUCGUCGAAACCAAUAUCGAGGUGUUGUCGGGUGCUUACGUUGACUUUAAGCAGAUCGUCGUGAAACCCAACAUGACCUCGGGCAAGAGUCUGCAGAGCGACGCCGUGUUCGCCGGAAUCAAGGAGCGCAUAGCGGAGAACGAAGCCAAGGCCAAGUCAAUCAACGCGGUCUACCUGUACAAAAUCACCGACUCCGGCAAGGUGGCCAAGGAAUGGGUUCUGGACUGCAAAGCCGGAAAGGUGUACGAAGGCCCUGUCCAGGGUAAGGCCGAUACCACGAUGACCAUCUCGGACACCGAUAUGGUGGAUCUGGCCCUCGGCAAGCUGCAACCGCAAACGGCCUUCAUGAAGGGCAAACUAAAGAUCACCGGCAACAUCAUGCUGGCCCAGAAGCUGGCGCCGCUGCUGAAGACGGAGGCUAAGCUGUAAAACAGCUGCCUAAACUGCAUGAAAUACUUUAAUCCGUCGGGAACCUUCAAACAUUCUGUGUACUGUUACAAAGUGUAUGGUGAUAAGAUUAUUGCAACACAGUUUUUUUUAUUGUAAGCUUUUAAAUAGUAUUUUUUUUUAUUCACAAAAUGACUACGGUCCACCAUUAUUUCUCUGUGAAAACAGUGUUUGGGUAAAAGAGGCAAUAGAGGAUACAAUAACUUGGA